AUGGAUGAAGGUGACUUCCAGACAGUUCCUGUCGACGAGACAUACCGCGAUGUCAUACUGCACCACAACAGGGAGUAUCAACGAUAUGCCGUGGAACAUGGCGUGUAUUUCUCUCCUGUCGACGAUGACGAGAUCGAGUACCUGCAGUACAUCCACGGGCUGUUCAAAUUGAUGUUUGAGGACAGACUGAUCUUCCCACCUAUUCCACAACCCCGAAGAAUCCUGGACUGUGGCUCUGGCUCUGCCUCGUGGGCCAUUGACGUUGCAGAGACAUAUCCAGAAUGCGAGGUGAUCGGACUCGAUAUAUAUCCGUAUCCAAUGCCGGAGGACUUGCCUGCCAACUUGGAAUUACAGAUCGACGACUUGAACAGCCCCUCAACUUUUCCCUCGAACCACUUCGACCUGGUGCAUAGUCGAUUGAUGUCGGGCGGCAUCCAUGCCGAUCGAUGGGUCAAUUACCUGACCGACAUAUUCAGGACUUUGCGCCCUGGAGGCUGGUGUCAAAUGGUCGAGAUAUACUUCAACGCCCAAUCGGAUAAUGGGACAUUGACAGCGACUCAAGACCAUGCUCUGCAGGUGUGGUCUCAGAGUUACAUGCAGAGUGUCCAGCCAUACAAAGACCCCAGAGCGCCUCUCCGGUUGCAACAAAUGUUGACCGAGGUUGGGUUUGUCGAGGUUGAAACAAGAGUUGUGACAUUGCCUCUGUGUGGGUGGUCGAGUGACCCGCGAGACCACAAUAUCGGAGAAGCAAGCCGGCCCAUCGUCCACCGAAUGCUGUCAUCUCUUUGUGCCUAUCCUUUCACGCAGGUUCUGGACAUGUCCCAAACCGAUGUUCAGCUCCUGGUAGCGCAAGCUCGAAGUGAAGCUGAUGAUCCAGCUUUCAAGGACGCAAACCAGGUCGUAGCAGGCAGCCAAGUUACACCGCUUAUGUUCCGCCAACGGACAGGAAGCAUGGCGAUGCGAGGAAGCGAGCUCGGCACUGAAGCUCGUUUCAAGAUGGACACAUUGGGACUCCUGUCUUGCUCACUCCGGAGUCUGUAA